AUGGUCUUAAAACAAAGUCUAACAGUUGGCCCAGGGCCCCGGCCUGGAUCGGACGGCGAAAGUGACGGACCUGUGCCGGUCCCAGUGACGACGGCGGUAUUUCACGACGAGGUGGAGAUCGAGGACUUCCAAUACGACGAGGACUCGGAGACCUACUUCUACCCCUGCCCGUGUGGGGAUAACUUCUGCAUCACCAAGGAAGAUUUGGAGAACGGGGAAGACGUGGCAACGUGCCCUAGCUGCUCUCUCAUUAUAAAAGUGAUUUAUGACAAGGAUCAGUUCACGUGUGGAGAGACAGUCCCAGCCCCUUCCACCAGCAAAGAACUAGUUAAAUGCUGAAGAAGACUUUUAGAUUCUAAAACCUGAACUUGGGGAAUGAGGCAAGCUGGAAAAGUCUAACGCAGAGUCACCGGCUUCUUCACGGGGACAAUCAUUUUGUGGUUUGCUGUUCAUGAGAGCCGAUUCCUUCCAUUGGGCGCCAAGUUCAUCUCCUGUUGAAGAAGCAAGUCCACCACAUGGCAUACCUGGAUUUUGUGCUUAAACUUUGAACUGGAAGUGUUUGCAUCCAAACAUAAAAGAAGAUAAUUUGAAAUCAGUGCUUUUUUCCCUCAGUUUUAUUUUUAUAUCUUUAUGACUUUGUUAUCUGACCACAGCAUCAUCUACCUCAAAGCAUUAGUUUUCUUUAACUUAAAGAUUUUUAUUUUGGUCACUUACGAAGAUUUUUAAAAUCAGCCCUUUCUUUGCAGUUUAACAUCAGCUUUGCUGCUGUAAGCUAAAGGAAGUCAGUUGCCUCUGGUCCGUUGGGACUGCACCUUCUAGUCGCUCACCACACGGACCUUCAUCAGGGAUAUGUGUUCUGUUAAAUAUGCCAUUUCAUUAGGCUUCAUAUACUGGGUCCUGGUCGUGGUGCAAAGGAAGAAUAUACUGAGCUCACAAAGUUAGUGAGUUAAGAAGAAAAGUCAAAAAACAAAAUGGUCAAAGAAUAUGGACUUUGCUUAUCAAUAUUCUGUGUUUUCCUUGAAAAUCAGGACAUGAUAAAAAAACAGCCAAAGGAAGUGAAACUGGUAACAGAAUGAUAGGAGAAAACUGUGCCUACUUAGUUAUUUAAUUAAAUGCUUGAGUGGUU